AUGGAGGUAUACAAAGAGGAAACAAGAAGUUGGGAUGCAUCUCCUUCAUCAGAAUCAAGUAGAGACAAGGAGUAUAAUUCAAUGGCAGUCAGGAGAUCUUCCCUACAUAAGGCGAUCUGCAGAACAUUCACGAAUAGCUGUGCAGUGAAUGAUUACAUAGAAGCAGUUAAAGAAUUGGCAUGUGAGAUUCUUGAUCUGGUGGCCGAGGGACUAUGGGUUUCAGACAAGUCUGUGUUCAGCAGGUUCAUCAGAGACGUCCAGAGCGACUCAAUUCUUAGGCUUAAUCACUAUCCUCCGGUCAAGGACUGGGACACAGCAACUAAACAGCAUCCUUUCACUAAUAACAACAAUAAUGAUAAUAGGAUUGGAUUUGGAGAGCAUUCUGACCCUCAAAUCUUGACAAUCUUUAGAUCCAACAACGUGGGGGGCCUUCAGAUUUUUCUACGUGAUGGCUUGUGGGUUCCCGUCGCUCCCGACGCCAAUCAAUUCUUUGUAAUGGUUGGUGAUGCCUUACAGGCUUUAACGAAUGGGAGGUUAGUGAGCGUGAGACAUAGGGCACUGGCAAACUCAGUGGUGAAGCCAAGGAUGUCAAUGGUGUACUUUGGGGCACCACCACUCAAUGCAUGGAUGUCUCCUCUGCCGGAGAUGGUGUCGCCGGAGAAGCCCAGCCUCUACAAGCCCUUCACAUGGGGUGAGUACAAGAAAGCUGCAUACACUACACGAUUGGGAGAUUCACGUCUAGACCUUUUCAAGAUUAAUAACCACAGGUGCAAGUGUAAAGAUCAAAUUCCAUGUCCAUGCUUCGACAAUCUUGUACAAUAGAACAUAUGAUUUUACAUCUUACAAAAAUUGAUUACUAGGUAGAUAAAAAUCUAUAUAUGUACUCAUACGAGGC